GUCGUCUGGACCGGAAGAUCAUGCGGGUCAGGUGAAUAAAAUUUAUGACGAAUGUACAGCAAUUAUCGAUCAAACAUCUAGAAUAGAGAAAUUAGACAUAGACAGCCUGGUUCGUAUGAAUUUGAACUGUGAUACAAAUGACCUCAUGAGUAUUGACAAUAUUAUUGCAACUAAUUUUGCGCCACCUAGACCCGAAAGCUUAUUAAUGCAAAGUGGGACUAGGGGGCGGAGUCAAAGUGAGGUUUGUGAAACAUACAUUGAUAAGUUUAACCUGCCCUGUGAUAGUGAUAUUAAAGCUGAUAGCAGGAAACGGAAUAAAAGUUCGGGAUUUCCGAUUCCCCGUCAGAAAGAAGGUGUAAUGAUAUCAGAGGACAUGUUGUCGAAAAGCCUUCCUCAUGGUAAAGUGGUAAAAAGUGACAGCGGUCUCAUAGAGUUUAUAGCAGACGAUUUGCAGGAAAAAAUACGCAGAAGCAGUCCUAUGUCAAAAACAGCAUCAAGUGAUGUGAGCAGCCGUAGAUCGAGCAUGCUCAGUUUGACUAGCGUUGACAGUAUGGCCUCGUCCUCCAUGGCAACCUCAAUGACAUCUGGAAUGUCAAGGUCGUAUCCACAGUCCCCAGACUGUAUCCCUCCAAUAGACCCAAUUGCUGUACACGAGAUAGAGAACCAGGCUAGAUUGGUGGCAGACGGUCUUGAUCUCAUGAUGGGAAAUCUGAGAAACAAUCUUCACCAG